GGGCGGUGCCUGAGCAAUGAGGUAAUCGGGGUAAACAGUAAAGAUGGCGACGUCUGUAGCCGGAGAGGGGCAACCAAGUCUGAAUGGGAUUAUUUCCGACACCCAAACCAAAAAACUGACCGACUUGCCGACCGAGUUGCUCGAACACAUCCUGUGCUUCCCUGUUCUCAAACAUGUCGACAUUUGUAACGUUUCCUGCUGCUGCAAGCGGCUACACGACGUCUGCCAUGGAAGGGGGAAGGUCUGGGGACACCAGUACAAACUCAGAUGGCCAAGACUGCAGAGGUUUUACCGACAGAAUGAGUGCUGUGACUGGCUCAGAGAAUACAAAACACGCCAUCGAGUUGGUAUACAAAUAAGAAGGACAGUGGAAUCAAUCUCAAAGAGAUUCUUCACAGAAGUUCUUGCCAUUUGUGAGUGUGGGCGGAUGUUUGUGCAAGAAAAUGUGAGCUUUCUAUGUUCCAAACUAACCCAGAGAUCUGUAACUCAGCCUUGCGUUGGCCAGGUGCUGGGAGACAGCUUCGCAGAAAUUGAGUCACUUGGGAUGCCAGAGCACUUCUGUGAAGACGAGCUCCUCUUCAUACUCAACUCUGACAAGAGGAAAAGCUUGACUUUGAAGUACUAUGCAAAGAAAAUCCUUUACUUCCUGAGACAGCAGAACAUCCUGAGGAGUCUGAAGACAUUCCUUGAGCAGCCUGCAGGGCAGCAGUCAGCUCUAGAAGGUGCUGUGUUGGUGGACCAGUAUUGUAACCCACUGGCUGAUGUAUCACUGGACAGCAUAUCAGCCCAGGUGGAUGAAAUCACAGAGAAAGUGAAAAAGAUGCUGAGAAUCAAGAACCCCUCUCACCCCAGCCUGCGUAUCGCUCAAGGGGACUGUUUCGUCGUAGAGGACUUUGAUCUUCAGAGGCAGGUGGUGUGUGCCCUAAACUCUGUCUUGUAUGAGCAACUUCAAUACAAAGGCAACGAGUUUGACUACUACAACCCCCUCAACUCUUACAUCCACCAGGUGCUACUACGCCAUACAGGCAUUCCUAUAAGUCUCUCUGUUCUCUACAUGACACUGGCCCGGAAGCUGGGUGUUCAGCUGGAACCUGUCAACUUUCCUAAUCACUUCCUGCUGCGCUGGUGCCAAAAACCAAGAGGGAGUGAGGACAUCUAUGACUUUGUCUACAUUGAUGCCUUUGGUAAAGGCAAGCAGUUGACAGCCAAGGAGUGUGAGUACCUCAUUGGCCACCAGGUGACAGCAGAUUACUACAGUGCCAUCAGCACUACAGAGGUGCUCCUCAGGAUGGUGGGAAAUCUGCUCAACAUUGGCAAGAGAGGGGAGGGCAAUGAGAAAUCCUACCAGCUGCUGAGAGACUCUCUGGACCUCUACCUCACUAUCAACCCAGAUAAUGUGCAGUACCUGCUGCUGCAGGCACGUCUCUACUUCCACUUGGGCAUCUGGCCAGAAAAGGUGCUAGACAUUCCUGCAGCACAUUCAGGCAUUGGAUCCCUCCCAGCAUGGGGCAGUGGGUUACCUGGUGCAGCACACGCUGGAGCACAUCCAGCACAAGAAACAUCCUGUGACAUACCUGAGGUGAAGAGGCGUAGUGCUCCAGAACACCUUGAGGUCCAGUAUUCAGUCGGCCUCAUCAUGAAACACAAGAGGUCAGGUUAUAACUGUGUGAUCUACGGCUGGGACCCCAAAUGCACCAUGAGCCAGGAGUGGAUCACCACUAUGAGGGUCCACCAGCUGUCUAAUGGGGCCAACCAGCCUUUCUACAACGUCCUCGUACAGGAUGGAACGUGUCGUUACGCAGCACAGGAAAAUCUGGAGCCCCACUCAGCCCCUCUGGAGAUUGGCCACCCGGAGGUGGGUCGCUACUUCUCAGAGUUUGCCGACACCCACUAUGUUGCCAACGAAGAGCUGCAGACACGAUACCCAGAGGACAUGAAUGAAACCCAGGUCACAGUGCAGGAGCUCUAUCAUAGACUGACACCUGGCUCUGGGAACCAAGAGCAGGCUCCUGCCUCAGACCAAAACAACCACCAAGCCAUGGCCAUGUAGCAAAGUAACUGUGUCCUACAGUCUGCCGACCUAGGCUAACCAAUUACUGGUCACCCAUUCUCAAUUUACAAUCCACUUAGCUGUUGCUUUGUUGCGCAUGUUCAUGACAAGGAUGUAUGUAAUACAGAGGUUUUUGUAAACAGCCAGUAUACAGUAUUUUCAGAAAGUGAUGAUUUAAUGUAACAAGAAAUGAUUCAUAAAUGUGGUUUUGUACCACAGUCAGGUCCCUGUGCAGGUCUGGAAAGAUUUAUUUUAGCAUUUCCACAUCUGGAAAAUUGUAAGAAAAUGCCAAAAAGUUAAGAAACGCAAAGAUUGUUAAUGUCAAUACACCACAGUGUAUUUAUUGUAAAAAAAGCUCAACUAUGAAGUGAUAUGGCCUAGAUGAUUAUUGGAGUAAAAUUCUCACAACUCAAAUUCAGUGACAAAGUUGAGCCUGGAAAAAGUAUGGAAACUCAAAAUGAUAAACAAGUAAACACUCUGAAGAAAAAAAUACCAUAGGCUUUAGAUAAACAGUUAAAUGGAAAAGUAAAUUCAGGAUGGGUAUCCAGGUGCUGUAAAUCUCCCUUUACCUAAAACAAAGGAAUGCUCCUUUAGCCAGAGUUCCCCCAACCCCUCUCCACACCACCUUGCACCCAGCACCAGUUUAACAAGCCCCCAGCAUAUAGCCUAACCCCCCAUUACAGUGCCACAGAAAAGGUUAUAAAGAAAAUACUUUGUAAAUUUACUUUUACUUUUAAUUCCCCAUCUUUUAAUCACGUUUCAUGCACUUAUGAAAGUUUAACUUUCACAUUUCUAGAGUAUCUUAAUUUUUUUUCUGUAUAUUUACAAGUAAAACAUGUUGGAUGUCACAGCCCAUUAUUGCGGUUGAGCUGUUAAUGGAAAAACAAAAGAGGAACCGAUAAGGACACUGCUGACUUGAAACAGGGCUUUGAGGAAGUUACAAAGAAAUAAAGCGUUUCAAGUUUUA